AUGCAUACCAUGAAACAUACAUGCCUGCAUACAUCAAACAUGCAGCUGAAGACCUUACUAACCAUUACAUAUGUGCAUGCCUUGCCAGCAGAUGCUUUGAGAUUCAACUCCUUUGGAGCUGACGAAGAGGAGUUUGAGAAGUACCAGUCUUCACAGUCGCACCUGGAAUACUUGCAGAAGAGCUUAGGGCCUCUAAACAAUGAAGAUGACAAGUUCGUCUUCAUUGUCGAGGGCAAGGACAGUCCUGUGCUCUUAGCUGGCGGUGUGGUCUUUGGCAGACUUACCGAAAAGGAGAUUGAGGACUUCAUGGUUACGCUGGGUGGGCGAGACAGAACCGUGGCUGGCUUCCACUUGGACUCUGAAGCAACCGACCAGGACAUACACGCACGUGUCCGGAAGUCCCUGGUUGAGAGAUGGAACAACCGCAAGAAGUGGAUUGGAAAUCUACAGCAGCAGGCCAAUGUGGAGGGCGAGUACUAA